AUGGGUUGUUGUGGUAGCAAAGAGAAAGCUCCAAGACCAGAUGUUAAUGGUUAUAGACCAUCAACAACUGAACCAUAUACAUCUGGUUAUCCAAGGCAAACAAAUCAGCAACAACCAACUCAAUAUCAUCAAAGCCAACAAAAGGCUCCAGUCCCUCAAAUUCAGACUCAAACCCCACCAACAAGACCUCAACAGACACAACCACACACCCCAACAAGGCCAGUUCCAAAGGUUGAUACUAUACUAGGAAAGCCUUUUGAAGACAUCAAGCAACACUAUGCACUUAGUAAAGAAUUGGGUAGAGGUCAGUUUGGUAUUACUUAUUUGUGCACAGAGAAUUCUACUGGUCAUAGUUAUGCUUGCAAAUCCAUUUUGAAGAGGAAGUUAGUGAAUAAGAACGACAGAGAGGAUAUGAAGAGAGAGAUUCAGAUUAUGCAACACUUGUCAGGACAGCCAAAUAUUGUGGAAUUUAGAGGGGCGUAUGAGGAUAGGCAAUCUGUGCAUCUUGUUAUGGAGCUUUGUGCAGGCGGGGAACUUUUUGAUAGGAUUAUAGCAAAAGGGCAUUAUUCAGAGAGAGAUGCUGCUAAGAUUUGUAGGGAGAUAGUGAAUGUGGUUCAUGCCUGUCAUUUUAUGGGAGUGAUGCACAGAGAUCUCAAGCCUGAGAAUUUCCUGCUAUCGAGCAAAGCUGAGGGUUCUAAUUUGAAGGCAACUGAUUUUGGAUUGUCCGUGUUCAUUGAGGAAGAUACUAUAACUACAUUGGUGGUGAGAUUGGACUAUCUAGCAAAAGGGAAUGAGGCUGUGGUGAACUUUGAUGAUAAAGAAAGGAAAGUUUACCGUGAUAUAGUGGGUAGUGCAUACUAUGUUGCUCCUGAAGUAUUGCGGCGUAGUUAUGGGAAGGAAAUAGACAUUUGGAGUGCUGGAGUUAUUCUGUAUAUUCUACUCAGUGGUGUACCUCCUUUUUGGGCUGGUAAAGACAACAAUGCAAAAGACUUGGUUAGGAGGAUGUUGACUCAGGAUCCUAAAAAGCGAAUCACUUCUGCACAAGUUCUUGAUCAUCCAUGGAUUAAGGAAGGAGGUGCUGACACGCCAAUAGAUAGUGCUGUUCUCUCUAGAAUGAAACAAUUCAGGGCAAUGAAUAAGCUCAAGAAGCUUGCUUUGAAGGUUAUUGCUGAAAAUCUUUCUGAAGAUGAAAUUAAAGGUCUUAAAGCAAUGUUCACAAACAUGGACACUGAUAAGAGUGGCACCAUCACCUAUGAAGAACUGAAGACAGGUUUGGCUCGCCUCGGGUCAAAGCUCUCUGAAGCUGAAGUCAAGCAACUCAUGGAAGCUGCUGAUGUGGAUGGAAAUGGAACCAUUGACUACAUUGAGUUUAUCUCCGCGACUAUGCAUAGAUAUAAGUUGGAAAGAGAUGAGCACCUAUUUAAAGCAUUUCAGUACUUUGAUAAGGACAGCAGUGGGUAUAUAACAAGGGAUGAAUUAGAGUCAGCGAUGAAGGAAUACGGAAUGGGAGAUGAAGCCACCAUUAAGGAAAUAAUUGCUGAGGUGGAUGCAGAUAAUGGCACAUCUCUUAAUGAUGGGCAACGUGUGUCCACAUACAAUGAACAACUACUUCAGUCAUGUGCUAGCUUGGUCAAUGCUUCUGCACUGUGUGCAAUAGAGCAAGAAGUGAAAGAAGAGAGUACUGUCAAUCUUAUUGCAGAGAUAUCUGCAGAACUACAAAGAGAAAGAGAAAAGAAUGCUGAGCUUAUGGAGAAAAUAUCAGUACUUGAAGCUCAGAUACAAAGAAGAGAUCAUAAGGAGCCCUUUACCACACACACACAAAUUCCUUCACUUGACACAAUGCAGAUCAAUCAUAAUGGACAGUCUUUUGUUCAUUCUCAGGGCAGCUGUAUCAAUGCAACCGAAAAAAGCCUUAAGAAGUUCAAAAGGCAAAAAUUUGAAGUAAGCCGAAAUGAUGUUGAAAAUGGAAAUGUGAUGAAUGUUGAAGUGGUUUCACAGAUAAAUCACGAGAUUCAAUUCCAUGGUCCUUCAAAAAAUGCAAAUCUUGAAGACUGCUUAGUCAAUUGGAUGAGCAUGGAUGAGACUCAAUUUUCACAGAUUGUGAAGUUGAAAGAUGACGACUCUGUUGCAGACUGUGAUGACACAGAUGAUACCGAUGAAGAAGAUGAAUUUGUAGAAGCUCUUAAUAAAAUCGACGACAGUAAUGGAGAAAUGGAUGUUGCCCAUGUGGGUUCCAUUGGACUAAAAGAAACUCUUCAUGAAGAUAGUGUUGGUGAGGCAAUGAACUUGUCACGUUUUGAAAGUUCCUUUGGUGGACAGAGUGAGCAAACAUUUCAACAUCCGAACCAAACAAGAAAUGAAGAUAGAAAAAAUGGUUGUCUUCCACCAGAUAAACAACUAGUCCAUGAUUCCGCAGACGUUCGAAAUCCUGAAAACAAAGAAAUUAAAAAUAAUGAAAUUCACAAGACACCAGCAGAUGAUUUUCCAUCGAAGGAGGCUUGUCAUACUGGACCUGGCCGUGUAUCAUUGCUUAGAAAGCCUCCAAAGAUAGCUUUCUGUCCCAAGGAAGUAAAGAGGAUACUUGAGUCCGAAGUCCUUCUAUUGAGAAAUGCUCAGUCUCACACCAUAAGAAAAAUAAUAGUUUUUGCAUCUCUAGGUAUCAGGCAUGGUUGUGAUGAUAUGUAUGAAUUAGACUUCAAUCACUUUAGCAUUCUACGGAAGGGUGAACAGUAUGUAUCACCGAAAGAUUCAGGGGAGCAUGUGCUAUAUGAGAAUCCAGGAAUCCGGAGGAAAAUAUUUUAUCCAAAUCGGCAAAAUCCGAUGUUAUGUCCUGUCCGGAUACUCGAGGAGGAGAAGGCCAUGCGUCCAUCGGAUCCUAGUUGCCCAUCAUGCUUAUUUCUUUGCAUUAAGUAUGGUGGCAGGACAAGAAAUCUUCCUCAAAACGAAUAUGUCAGGCAACGCAUGGGAAGAAACAAACUUAAGUCUUUCGGGCCACUUAUGUGCCGGGUGGCAAUGCUAGUCCACAUCCGAAGUGGAAGCUUCUUCUUCAAGGCCUUAGGAAUUACACUUUUAUUCAUGGCUGGUUUUCCUGAUGACCUGGUUCAAAAGGAAACCAAGUACCGGAACUUAGAAUUGCUGCAAAAAUAUUACAGGACCGAUAAAGACGCUGACGAAGAGGAGUUAUUUCUUCCACAGGAAAAGACUUGUGAUAUAGCCAGUCCAGGCUCUGAGAAGUUAACAGGGAAAACAACUUCAACAAAACCAAAGGGCAAGAAACAAUCAAACUCCACAAGUAAGCCUCAUAAUUUGCCAAGAUCAUCAAUUCCAGAGUCUGCACCAUCAACCUCUGCACCUUUCACCCCAUUUGGGCUUAUGGGUUACUCCUCAAUGCAAACUCAUGCAAUGGCAGCAUUCCAUCCCAUCCCUUCUCAAACUCCAUCUCCAGUCCCAAGCCAAGCAAUUAACAGUCCAAAUGUCUCUUACCAUGACCAAACCGCAUAUCAUAUGUUCCCACCACAGCCUGCAAAUAGUUUCAUGCCUAUGAUAUAUUGGUCUGCACCAACUGCAUUUCCUCCGAGUCCUUACGCCAAUGCAUAUGGUUAUCGACCCUUUCCGUCUACUGCAAACUACAUUUCCAUACACCAUCAGCCUUAUUACAGCCAUCCUUCCUUCAGUUCUUUAAUUCCCAAAGUGGCAGAAAAGAACGAGAAGAACGAUGUGACCCUGAAGGAAUCAGAUAUUGACUCUGAUAACAUUUCAAGCAGUACAGAAACCAAAGCUGCAUUAGCAAGCUGA